CCGCCUCUGAUCCUGCGACGAGCAUUUCUGUCUCCUCACCUUGCUGGGGGAAGCUGGGAGCCUAAACCCGUUUGUCAUUAGGAGCGUCCUGCCUGCCAGCUUCUGUAGGAUAAACCAUAUGUUGUCACAACACUAUUUUUAAUUUAGGGUGUUGGUUACAUCACAUCACUGAAUUGGGCAAUCUCUGUAUGAGGACGAAGGAUGCUGUGACGUCAAAACCAGUCAUCCAGUUUCAAGGAAGCCAAGGGCACAUCGCCAUCCCGAGGCCCGAUCGACCGGCGGAAGUGCGGACCUUCACCUUUUAUCUCUCCAAUAUCGGCAAGGACAGCCCCCAGGGGAGCUUUGACUGCAUCCAGCAGUAUGUGUCCAGCAAUGGCAAUAUCCAUUUGGAUUGCCUGGGAAGCAUACAGGAUAAAAUCACCGUGUGUGCUACUGAUGAUUCCUACCAGAAGGCGAGGCAGAGCAUGGCACAGGCAGAGGAGGAGACUCGCAGCCGGAGCGCCAUAGUCAUUAAACCUGGGGGGAGAUAUGUAGGCAAAAAGGUUCAGGUGCGUAAACCUGCACCAGGAGCUUCCGAUGCUGUUCCCUCCAGGAAGCGCCCAACGCCAGUCAACCUUGCCAGUGCAAUAAAGAGAGGCAAUAGUGCGAUUUCCCAGAGACCCUUCAAAGAUAGGGUUGUGCACUUACUGGCACUAAAGCCUUAUAAGAAACCUGAACUUAUUCUCAGAUUGCAGAAGGAUGGACUUUCUCAGCAGGACAAGGAUUUGCUGGAUAACCUUCUGCAACAGGUGGCAAAUCUGAGUGCCAAGGACAGCACUUUCACACUGAAAGAUUGUGUAUACAAAGAAGUGCAGAAGGACUGGCCUGGCUACUCAGAAGGAGAUCAGCAGUUGUUGAAAAGGAUCCUCGUUAGGAAGCUCUGCCAGCCCCAGAACAGCGGCGGUUUCCAGGGAGAAGCUCCUUCCCUGAGCCCUCCGAAGGACACCCUCAACUCCAGCUCUCCCCCUCAGAAACGACCCUUACCUGUGGAGUUCAUCGACCCCCUGGCCAACAAAAAGCCCAGGAUCUCACAUUUGGCUCACAGAACCCAACCCACUCUCAACGGGAAGCUGAAUUCCUCCAACGGGAAGGACAGCCUGGCCCCCCCUGCCCUGCCCCCGGCUCUGCCCGAGCCGGUGAGCUCCAGCUCCUCCCUCCCGGCCCUGGAGCUGCCCAGGCCCCACGAUCCCCUCUCGGAUGUCAGCAACGACCUGACUCACAACGGCAGAGACUGUGAGAGCACGGAGCCUCCCGAGAGACUGAGUCACCCCCUGCCCACAGACUGUGCCCAGAGCAGCAAACACAACUGCGGCUCCUACGUCAAAUCCAAGAAAAAAUCCAAAAAGCACAAAGACAAGGAGAAGGAGAGGAAGGAGAAGAAGAGCGAGGAGAAGUGCAAAGAGGAGAAGCAGAACUGUGAAGUAAUAAAAAAUGCUGACUUAGUUAGUGUUCCCCAGGAACAGGUCCCAGGUUUAAAUGGAACAUGCAAUAAUUCUAGUGUACCAACAUCAACUUCAGAAAUGCCAGAUUAUUUAUUAAAAUACGCAGCCAUUUCCUCCUCGGAGCAGCGUCAGAGCUACAAAAACGACUUCAACGCGGAGUACAACGAGUACCGGGACUUGCACGCCCGGAUAGAGCGGAUAACCCGACGGUUCACCCAGCUGGACGCCAAGCUGAAGCAACUUCUGCAGGGCUCUGAGGAAUACAAGACCAUCCACGAUCAAAUUUUACAGGAAUAUCGGAAAAUUAAAAAGACAAACCCCAAUUACAGCCAAGAGAAGAACCGCUGCGAAUACCUCCACAACAAACUGGCCCACAUCAAAAAACUGAUAGCAGAGUAUGACCAGCAGCAGUUUUAGCUGCCACUCACCCCUGGACUGGGUAGGGCAAACCAAAAUCCAGUCACCCUGGACGUUACGUUCCCUUUUAUACACCCAAAAUCCCUUUCAGAGACGAGCAUUAAUUCCUCGUGGUUGAAGAACUUGGGGAUGACUUUAAGAUGCCAGAUCUGUCAUGUCCACGUCCAGCACGCUCCUCCCGAGUUUUUAAGCCUCUCUGAAUGUUGGAAUGUAACAAAUGGAUAACAAAAACAAAACAAACAAACAAAAAUUCUGCUUAUUUGAAGCCAGCGUUUGACACUUAAGGGAAAACUUACCUAAAGUGACCGAAGCUCCCAAAGGUUAAGAAUCUGUAGUUUUCAUGGAUUAAAAGUUUGGCAUGAAGUUGUAAUUCCCCAGCUCCACGUGGGUUACAAAUUGUCCUACAAAUGGUGAGGAACUGGAAUUGCUGCUAGGACUGUUUGGAAUGAGAGCUGUCUGCUCCCGGCUCCGCGGAAAUACACCACGUUCCCUGA